AUGAGCUCAUCAGAUAAACGUGGAUUAAAUAACCUCAAAAACAAGUCUUAUCUAAGGGGUACCUUGAAAGAGCUUGCUAAACAGUCUGAGGAUGAAAGAGUAGAUAAGAUUCUCAACCGAAUUGAUAAAAAUCUUACCCCGAAAAAUCCUCAGCGUCCGAAAGAACCUAAUACUAGGAAUUGGACUCGAGUGCAUGCUACACCCAUGACUGGAAGCACCACGCCUAAAUCUUGA